AUGCGAAAGCAUAUCUCAUAUUUUCCCCAGAUCCUGCAGGCCUACUACAGAGGAUGUAUAGCAAAACACAUCACCUUCCAUUUUAAGGUAUGCUGUAUGAUCUUGACUGAAUUACAUAGGGAAUGAAACAUUCAAUAACUCACUCUAGCUGAGAGUGUGCAGCACCUGUCUCUUGAACAGUUACAUUAAUCAUGUAAUAUCAAGGUAUACGAGGAAAAAUCUUAACCACUCUCACCAGUGUCAUGCUGUGUGAGAAAAAAGGAAAGCAUAAAGGUCUGAGAAAAGGUAGAAAAGUCUGAAAAGGGGACACAAAGGUCCUCAGGAGCACUCAGGGGAAAUAGGCUAUUUGUCUGACACUUUAAUGAAUGAGUAUCAUUUUGAAAACCGCUGCACUGGAGGCACUAAGGCUGUGGCUUUUCAGAACAAUUUAACUACUUGGCCAUCAGUCCACGCAGUCUGCAGCUUUAGGUAUGAUUGUUGAAGAAGGCUUUAAGUCUUAAAAAGUACAUUUGUACAAAUGUCAGUGCCUAUAGACUGUUUUUUCUUUGAUUGUGUAGUUGAUUAGAUUUCUUAGCUCAACACUUUGAAAGGGUAGGCCAUGUGAUAUGAAAUGAUCUUUUAUAUUAACAUGGCUAUUGGUGUUAAUUGUGAGUGCCGACUAAGAUAUAACAUCGAUAUAAAAGUUGAACAUCAGUACAAGCCCUGUGAACAGACAUGAACACGUGUAGCUUGUAGCAGCCUAUCGCUGUCUUCUUCAAAUGAGGGCUUGAAGGCUAUUACACCCUCCUGCUGAUCAAAAGAGGGCUGAAAAUGUUGCUGCCAGACAAAAUGAUUUGUGGCAAAUCAAGCAAAAUAUAAAUGAAAAGAGAAUGAUACAAGCCUAUGUACGUCAGUUUUAAGAGGAUUUAAGAUGUAAGAGACUCUUAAAGACUAAAGAUGAGGUACAGAGUAGGGUUAUACUAGGUGGUAGAUACCGGCAAGAUUCAAUUACUUCUGUUUACAUUCAGGUAGUUGAGCAUCAUAGCAUUCCGUAUUUGCCAUUUUCAAAUACAGCAACCCCAGCUGUGACUGUGGUAAGAUUUAAGCCCAAUAUGUGACAGCCAUUUCAGGUCUACCUUCAUUUAAAUAUGAGUAAUUCAUCCAACUGAGGAAAUAAAGCUACAACUGGUGAGGGUGAUAACCUUUGAUUGUUCAGUUGAUUGUCGACUAAAUGCCCAAAUUCCUAGUUGCAUGACAAUGUUGUGUCAAUAAAGAUAAAAGAGUUUCAUCAAAAUCCCUCCUUGAAAAAUAAAAACGUGACAGAAAAAGGAAUGUGAAUAUUCACGCUCUUGUCUAAAUGUGUUCAGCUGUGUUGAAGGCAAAUAUUAAAAAGGUCAGGAAAGCAAAGCUGCAAAACUUCCAAAAUGGUUAUUCGGCUGCAUUCACUUUGUGUUUAAAAUUACAUCCCUUAUUGAAUCGAUUUGGCGAGUUCAUUGCAGCACACAUAGCAUGAUAGUAUCUUUUACUCUGACAUUGUAGUACUCCUUUCAGCUUUAUUUUCAGUCUCAUAAAAUUUCUUAAGAGAUUUUUCUGCUGAAUGCCAAUUCUGGAAAAGUUCCCCAGAAAGUCGUGCUGUCUCUUUGGUUUAUCAUGACUUUUCACUGAUGGCAGUAGCUCACUGAGUCUUGUUACAAAAAGCUCUAUUUGCUCUUUUAAAACAGCUUUGUGGUUGAAAUAACAUUGACAAGAAGAAAGUCAUGCAAGUGUAGAAGCUAAAUUAAUCUCAACUAAAUGGUUCUAAACACCAACACGUGGUUCAGACAGAGAGAGCGAAACAACAAGUGGGCUAAAAAACGGGAAGAGGAGUCUAAAAGGGGAAGAAAACAAAGAGACAAAGGUCAGCCGGAGCAUUGGGGGGAUAAGGCUUAAGAGACAGGGCCUGACAGGUGCAAUCAGAUGUGUCACACAGCGGCAGUAAAGUGGAUGUCAGUGUAGCCGUGGGGGGCCGCUAUGAGCACGUCACAGCCAAUCAGCAUGGCAGAAUAAGCGCUGGAGAGUGUUUGGGCAGCAGGGAGUGUUUGUGUCUCGCUGCAGUAAGCCCAUUACAGCUGUCGAGGCCGAGCAGUACUGGCAUGAUCAGGGCUGCAGGCACAGGUGGUUCUGACACAUUCUGAACAUGUGAGAGAAAGAGGAAGAGGAUGGGAUGUCGAUGGAACAUGCAAAUCAUGUUGCAAAUGCUGUCCGGACUAAUCAAGAAGUGGUCAGGUUUGCUGAUGGGAGCAGUUACUUUUUGACUCGUUUGCGACUUGUCCAGCAGAAUUUCUAACCACUUAACUCAUUCAUACGUGUCGUGUGAACAUGCAGAUGUUGUCGCAGAUAAAGCGUUAGUUAUGAGCAGUGGUUAGGUCGGUGGGGUCACACAUACAAUCCGCCUUUGUGUCAAAGAAACAGGCUUCCUCUGGGCCCCUCAGUUUUCAGAGGGGAGUUAAAGUCGGGGUGGAAGACAUGGAACUUAGUUUUAAAGAAUGGUGUGCUUUUCUGCUUAUUUAUCAGCUCCAUUAUAUCAAUUAAAUAGUUAAUUCAGGUAAAGAUCCUUCAGGGAGUUCUUCUUCUUUAACAGUAUGGCUAUAAAAAUGGUGUUUAUUGAGCCUGUGUAAGAAAAAAAACUCCUAAGAAAGUUUUCUUUGAAGGCUUUAAGGAAUCUGAUCUUUUUUCAUAGAUGUAAGAAAUUAUAUAAAUCGACAUGCAGAGGCUUUAACACUGCUCAGGAGACCUCAGACGCCACAGGCAAGUUAGCGUUCAGGCGCUUCAAUUUAGAGCAGUUUAGUUUCUUUUUGAUACGUUCAAAUAAUGACAGCUGAUGUUUGAGAGUUGACUGCUUACAUGUUUCAUAAAGAGAAACCCUUGAGAGAGGACUGAAAAGAAAACAUGGUGUGUUUGCAUAAAAAUGAGACGAUCGUGUGGAGAAGUUGAAUAACACUCGAAUGUAUCCAGACUGAAAGUUUCAAUGCUGUCACCGACUUCUGCUUUGUUACUCUGCAAUCAGUACUGUGACAACCAUCAUAAUAAGCGUAGUGAUAAUAAUAGUGAUUAUUGUGACUAUCAUGUGCAAGCCAGGGUUUGCACUCGUAGCAUGACAUAGAAAUCAUGCAGCAUUCUGCAUGUAAGCUGACUGUAAAGAGUCAGAGUAAAAACUAAUGCAUCCCACCUCAAAUUUUUGGAGACUGUCAGGAGCUUUGUGAAUAUUUGGAUUCAGCUUUCUGGAGCGAUGAGACAGAAUUGAAUCAUCAUCAGGGUUGAGAAGUCAGACAGAUUAAAAAACCUUAUCUCAGAUUGAAAGAACUGUGAGGAACUUUCUGUUUGCAUCCAACUUAGAGUGGACUGCAUGGGGGUGCCGUGUGUAGUGUUAUUGCCACUCAGUAAGGUUACUGGGUCAAAUCCCAGCUAGGGCCUUUUGUGUGGAGUUUGCAUGUUUUCCAUGUGCAUGCGGAGGUUCCCCCCAGAUCUUCCAAAACCCAAAAACAUGCUUGUUAGUGUAACACGUCACCUCAAACUGCCUGUAAGCUUUAGUAAUAUGAAACUCAAAUUGGGUAUAAUUGAUCAAAAAUGACUAAACAGUGGAUCACUGUGGUAAAUGAAGUCAAAUUGUUUUGCAGAGCAAGCAGCAGCAGUUGCUCUGUUACAGAUAGCCAAACGCAGUCUUAAUACAGCUUUAUCUAAACUGUGCUAUACUACAAGAUGCCAUCUGUGCGUGAGUUUUAUCACAGCAUCGUGGCAGUUACCAUUAAUAUAAGCUCAGCUCCUUUUCUGAAUAUUAUUUUCUCUACACAGUCUUGACCGAACAUGCAUAAGUCUGGUUUCCUGUUGUCUUAAAACAGUCAAGCAUAUCUCUGUGGCUUUUUCUUCCUGCUUAUCUCUGUGUCUGCUUCACACGAGUUUGCAGCGGUAACAGGUGUUUAAAAAAUCAUAUAGAAAUGAUCCUUCCUCUUGGAGAUCAUGUUUUGCUGUUAUGGCUCCUAUAGAAGCAUCACUGUCUGAAACUCCUCACAAGAACCAAAGAGAGCCAGAGUGGUCAUCGUUUUUUUUUCUCUGUUGGUAAAUAAUCAGAAACAACCUUUUUAUGCUGUAAGCCUACACACCUCCAUUGUAAAAAUAUUGAUCAAAGCUGCUUUAAUAUCACAUCCACACAAACACACAGGAGCUGGGUUUAAUGGCUGCUCUCCAGCUUGUGUCUCCUCUCCCGGUGUUGUGCGCUCAUUUACACCCCCUCAUGGAUUUACAAAGAAAAUGAUGGUGAAAACAGACGGGUGGAGGCCUCCUCUCCAGAUCUCAGUGACACUAAUCCAGAGUCAAAGCGGUGCACGUGUGGAGGGAGUGAGCUCACACUUUAAAAGGAGGGAGAGAGGGAGCCGGAGCUGAGGCCCUUAUCUCCCUGUCAUUUGUCCCUCCCCUCCCCUCCUCCCCUCUCCUCUCUCUCCCCUCUCUCCUCAUGAUUAACCAGACUCAUCGCCCUCUAUGGUCCGUCGUUUCCUGUUACUUAGUUACCAGUUGCCACGAUUUGCCUGGGCCGCUUGUGUUUCCAUGGCGACUGUGCCCAUUCUGUCGUCUCCUGGCUGCGCUGUCCCGAUGGCCUGUAGCCACCCUGGGCCCUGACCCACAGCACAGCCCAGCCCCCCAACCUCCGUCCCUCAUGGUCCCAUAAGGCUGUCAGUGUGUGUUCACGUCGCACUGCAGCCUCUCACCAUGCCAGACUGGUGUGUGUAAGUGUGUGUGUGUGUGUGUGUAUAACUUCUGGCUGGUUGUCGACGUCUGACUGAACAGACAAAGACAGAAAAAGAGAGAAAGAGAGAGAGUUCAUUUUUAAAAAGACACUAAAUAUUCAGUCAGCCUGCUCUCUGCCGGCUCUACAUCGCUCCAUCUCAACUCACAUCAAACACAACAUCAGUAUGAAGAGAACGAAACACUGUCAGUUUUUCUGAAAGAGGGAGGUCAUCCAAAUCAUCAAAAACAGCGAGAAACAGUCCAGUUAGAAAUUCCUGUAGGCUUCACAAGUUUCGUUUUUAAGAAUCCUCCAGUAAAGAUCAUCUAAAUCCUUCUGACAAAGUGUUCGAUUCUCCCAGGAUUGAUUAUGUUUGGCUGUUUAUCAAAUCAACACUGACUAAAAUUGAUUCAAUGGUCCUCUUGGUGUCAUAAUUUUCCAGUUAUUUCUAAUUAUCUAGUUUGUGUGGGCGUAAAUGUCAUGUUUUUGCACCUAGAAGAAGUAGUUGAAACAUUGAUAGUGGCUGAGAAGAGUCCUAAAAAAUCUGCAAAAAUUUGUAAAAUAAACGGAUAUCUCAAAAGUCGUUAUGAAAACUAACUUAGCAAUGAGUCUUGUUAAAGCUUUUGACACCUCUUGGCUGGAUAGGCUUUAUGAUAGAUGUGCUCGAUCUAAUCAGUUCAGGGUGAGCUUGGCUAUCAUGGCUUUAUUUAAAGCUCCCGUGAAGAACUUUCAGUUUGUGUCCAGUUUGGCGCCUCCUGUGGACAAAGUGGUCUUUGCUUAUCUCGUCCCAGAUAUGCCUCAGUAGAAUCUCCUGACAGUGAAAUCUCAUCUCUCAAACUCCUGACUGCCAUUUAUCAUGAGUAUUAAAAAUGACAAAUGUAAUAACAGGGCUGUUUCUUCAGUUGCUUGAUUGACACCUACCCUCUCAGACUGGUAUCAAGUGUUAAAAAUUACAAUAUAAAAAUCAUUGAUCUUGUUGCUGCUGGCAUUUUUUGCUUUUUUUAUGUCAUAAAAAGACACCAAAAUGAAUUUUAGUCAAUUUCUUAGACAUAUAAAAAACUUCUAACAGGAGCUUUAAACUUGUCAUUUAAAAUGAUGUUAAGCAACAAAAGAAAACGGAUUUAGAGAAUAUAGUACAUAAAAAGCCAAAUUAUAAAACAAUCCACUCAAACAGCUAAAGUUAUAGCUGUUCAAGGAUUUAAGAAUACCAAAAGAUAUGUAAGUGUUUACUAUAAAGUGGUUUUUAAAAGGCUGAAAGAGGAUGGCACAUUAAAGCUAAAAGCUAAUAUCCCAAAAUCAGUAUGAACUCAUUGAACUUGUAGGAAAAGAUAGGCAAAACAGAUGAAGCCGGUACAUGUGUUCAUGCCUGUUAGAGCACACAGUUUUUAAGAGUAUCACAUUAGAGGAGGGGGGGUUAAAGACUUACAUCUACCUACAUUUCCUGUCUGUCCCCAAUGUCCUGUCUUAUAAAGAGAAGAACGCCCUGUCAAAAGAAGAAAAGGUUUGACAUUUUAGGUAAUUUGAUGUUCACAGAAAAAUUAAAGUCACAAAGCUUUUGUAAAAUUGCAGAUCUGGCACUCAAACAUCACUUUUGGACCAAGCGAGUGUUGUCUGUAGCCUGAAGUGUACAGUUAAGGUUGAAUAGGGAUGAAUCUCACACAAGCAGCUCUGUAAAAACCCUGUUUGAGCGGUGAAUCAGAAAUUCUCAUUUACACUGUUGAAAAAUAAUUAUAUUCCAUCACAAUGGGUGUGAUUUUAUUUCGGUUAAUUGCAUUUUCCUCACUGUUGCUUUGUAUUUUUAUUCCGUAUUAGACUAAAAUUAUUGAAUUUUCAUACUUUGAUUGUUCAAGUUGUUUGUCAGUCGUCUGUGAGACAUUUCACCUGCAUGACAGAUGCUUCACACAUUUAUUUUGAAGGAUAUUUGCAAAAACACAUCCCGUUAAUUAAAAACUUAGCGUUGUUUACAGUGUAGACAAAAAAUUGCAAUGUAAUUGGGAUUAAGUCUUUUUAGUACUCAGAUGAAGGUUGAGUGGUGGUAAACGAGAUUGUGACAAACAUUAUUCCGUCUGUGUUCACCACAGUUUUAUUUUGUUUAGAGUAAUUACACUGUAAAUUCAGGGCUUUAGUGGACCGAGAUAACAAAGUCUUUCCUGGUGAGAGUAUUUCCACUUAAACCUAUAAUGAGGAAAAAAAAAACACAUUAAUUUAAGUCUUUAAACCUGCACUUUUAAACGAAACAGCUCUCCAGACCUGUUACGACCAAUGGUACAUUUUUUACAGGGUGUGAUUUGGUCAAAGUAACUAUAUUAAAUUUAAUUUUAACAUGAACAUAUAGUAUCAAAAGAGUAAAAUAUAAAACAAUUUUAAAAUAAAUUCUAAGAUUUACAUCUGAGACAAAAAAGCAUCCUUUGGCUAAUGUGUUGGUCUUGUGCAGGACAGGUCCAGUUCAGGAUGUCUGACACAAAGGAGGCGCAGUUUUCAUCUCCACCAUCAGGAGGCAGUAGUGAUCAAAUUGUCAGUCUCUCUGUAUUAUGCUGAGGGAUGCACACACCGGCAGAGCAGGGUAAACUUGUCAUUCUAACAGAGGCUGAUUCACCAUCACACCCCCUCACAGUGUGUCUGCCUCUCAUACUCGUCUUCAGUCUAACACUUACAGCUCUGUGUCACUGUCUGUCUCUCUGUUUACUGUCUGUGUGUCCCCUUAAGCUCUGCUGAGGUUGUUGCACCCUCCUCCAAGACAGAUUUUGUUUGUUUAUACUACAACUACACAAGAAUUCUCUUUACAGCAAGAUCAGCAGACAUCGUCUUUGUUAGCAGUGUAAACAGCCUCAGAGAAAAACUUUCAAUGUGGCUGCUGAGCGCUCGCUGAUACCAUCCGUGGUGUAUACAGUAUUAAGGCACAAUUUUGAGGCACUUGGCUUGAGCAUUACAAUGUUCCGCUGCAAACAAGACUUUAUUCCACUUUGUUUUUUUAAGUGUUUUGUAUUUUUUUUUUCUUCAGACUAGGAUGUAAAAAACAAAAUGAACUUUAAAGAAAGUUUUAGUUAAUUUCAAUUACAUGAGCCACUAACAACAGGAUGGAAAACGAGAUAAUGAAAUGCAAAUUAGAGGAAACUUGGCUUCAAAAUUGACACUACAGGGAAUGAAUGGUUGGCAGGGGGCAACAACGCUUAUGAAGUAUUUGCAAGACAUGCAAAAAAAGCUUUUUCACCCAGGAUAUGAUGAUAAAUACGCCACACUUUUGCUGUUUGCUCUGCUGUGCAAAAACUUAUUUAUUAUAAAUUUUAAAUUUGAUUUUAAAAAGUAUGCAGAAGCCCUGAAUAACAAUAUCAAGAUGAAACCUUUUAUCAUCAGUUGCACAAUUUUGAUUUAAGAGUCCACAUAUACAUUUUUUGUAUUGUAUCCAUACAAAUUAAAUGAAGCUUAGAGAAGUGUUUUUAGCUUGCUCAAGUUGAAGACAAAUAGUGUAGUUAGGGUAAAACUUUGGGAAACAACAGCAAAAAAAAGACAGAAUUAGCAAAGUGUCAUUUACCCAACUGGGAAAACCAAGAGGGUUCAUAUGAGACCAUCAGAUGCUCUGCUGUCUCUUGAUGAACACCAUGACCAUCAUUAUUUUUCAAUCAGCAUGAAUCAGAUUAAACAUUACAGUGCUGCCACCACUAUAUCAUAUACAACAAUGUGGAAAACUUUCAGUUGGAAGUGAAGUUUUUAAACUUUUUAUUUGUCAGGUAAACUAGCUCAUAGCGGACUUUUGUGUGUCCAAAACAAAAACACUUGCCUCCAGGAGGAAACCUCUGUGUUAAUUUGACACAUACAUGAACUGCAACCACAUCCUUUUGUUACCCCUCUUGUUCUUUGUCCUACCUCACCUGACUUCUUCCUGUGCUUAUCUCCUCUGUGCAACAGCUUUACUGCCUGGGCGUACAGCACAUCGCGGGUCAUUUAUCCAACAAUGAUAUAUAACAGGAUCCUUAAACACUCCACCCUGCUCUUGAUGACACUCAAUAACAAGCAUUUCAUUAGCUGAUAUUAGAUAAUUUUCUGAUCAGCUGACUUGACUCGGUGAGGAGAGAAAAAGAAGGGGACCUAGAGCAGAACCCUGAGGUACCCCAGUGAAGAGUCCAGACACACUGUAGACUCUCUCAUAGUUAUGCUGUGUGUGUGAGUCUUUGGGGAGGAUGAAAAACAUGAGACUGUCAGGAAAUCGGAGAGGAGAUAUUGGUGAUUUUCUCUGUCAAAAGCUGCUGAAAUGUCCACCAGGAUGAAAAUAGAGGAGAGGGAGGCCGCUCUGGGAGUGUGGAGUGCAGUAAAAUCAGUGGAGUGCCCCUCUGAGUGAAGGAUCUGAACACUUACUCCACCACUGGAUAACAUGCCCUCUAGAAAGUGUGGGAUGAAGACGACAGUGGGUGGACAUGGAGGACGCUAUGCUUUCCUGUUAAUCCAGAGGUUAGAGCGAUGCUAAUCAGAGUGUAAACGUGAAGGACUGACUGAUGUCGGGGAAGGGUUUUUAUUUUUGAAUGUUUGGUACUCAGUGAGGCAGCCCUUGCUGUGGCCCCCCAGGACAGGACUUGUCCACCUCGUGGUGAAGGGGAAGCACUCAGUUGGGGGUUGUGAGCAUAAUUACAGCAGUUUUGCCUCAUUAGGAGUGAGGAGGCGUGACCCUGCCUGCAGGUCUGACAGCUGAACCACACCACAGUGGUGCUGAGAGAUGAUCUUCACUCAGAGGGGGAAGGCCGAUCCAAGGCCUGAUCAUUUUACUUGUAUGUGCCGACUGGUUGAAAAUUGAUUUGGAUUUUUUUAAAUCCACUUAUGCAUUUAUAAAACAGUGUGAAGAUAUUCAGCCCUGCAUAAUUUAAGAUAAAGGUUUAAACAAGGCAUUACCCAAGUGUGUCCACAUGUUUAUGCCUUUCUCAAAACUGAUUUAGAUGUGAAAUUGUGACCAUUUUCUCCUCUAAAAUAUUUAGGCAAAGAUGUCUUUCCCCUGCAGCCUUUAAACUUCUUAAAUUGUGUUUUUAAAAAAUAAAACAGGACCGGACUUUGGCCUCUUAAAGUUUCUCAAAUGACAAAUCCAAAAGAAACAUCACUAAAGCAACAAUCUGAACCAUUUGGAUACAGGGUUAACAUCACCAAAGUUUGAGCGCUUUACAUGAUUUUUUUUCUUACCAUGUUUAACACAGAAGGCCUUAAAUUGAUUGGAUACUCUUGUCACAACUUUGCCUCAAAAUAGGAAUAAGUUAGGGAGAGCUUAAUUGAAACAGUUCAUAACAAAAAAACACUUCAAAUUAUAGCAUUGAAAAAUAAGACCAAGUCAGAGUCAAAACAACCCAGGCUCUGCUUUCCAUUUGUGCGAGGGAAAGUGAUCUACCUAUUUUGCUGGUGACCCAAAUACCGUUUAAUUGUGUCCCAGUUAUCUAAAGUGUGUUAUCAUUAAGUUUAUUAGGAUACACAAUUAAAAGUCGCUUCAUUGUCAGUCAGAAGCUUCUUAGCUGUCACUUUCACUUGCUGUCCCAAUGCCCCAUAUUGUCACUUCUUUAAUAAUUUGUUGGACAGUUAAAUCUGUGAGGUUUGGUUAGGAAGGACGAACUUAGGACAGUAUUUUCUUGGAAAUUAAGACGGGCCUUUUGGAGAACAAGUAAGCCAUCAAAAAUCAAUUCAGUAGAGUAGACAGUACACGGACAGUCACAUGCAUUUUUUUCCAAAAUCCAAAUUUGUAUCCACGACUAAACCUUUCAAAAUAAGAGUAACUUUAAGGAUGUUUCCACCCUUGACAAAUGAUUGUGUGGGAUCCUACUGCUCACCCAGCAUGCAGGCCAGUCCUAAGAGAAGACAAUGCCAGACCAAAUGAUGAAAUAAAAUGAAAUAGCUUACAGAGGCCUCAGUCUUUCACCACAAAACAAACAAAAUAAAAAAUAAACACAUAUGAAGUCAGUUUUUUUUGACUGUUUAAGAUUUUCAUCCGUCACUCAGGGUGGGGCUCAUCUUCUUCUUUUCUUCUCCUCUUUUUUUUUCUUUUUGUCCAGCGUGCUGCUCGUUGUCUGAGUCAGGAUGGAGAGAUGAGGACGGGGCAUCCCACUCACCCUCUGCACGGCCGGAGACACUGCUGCGCUGCUGUCAUGGCAACAGCAGCAGUCACCACCGCCAGCAUGGGCCUAUAA